AUGGCUCCUGCUGAUUCAAUUUCUACCUCAAAACCCAUCUCCAAGAAACCAGUCUUGAAUCUCAUCACAGUUCAAAAAGCCAUAAAAGCCCUUCUCCGGUGGAAAGAAUUACAAAAGCCCCAAUCUUUAACUGACCCACAAAACCAAUCAGAUGAUUUUAUGUAUCUACUUGUAACCCUCAAGAAAAUCCCAAGAAAAGAUAAUAGAACCGCUUUUAAGAUACCCCUUGUUCACCCCCUUCAAGAUUCUUUGUUGUUUAAGGAUGUUUGUCUUAUAAUUGAUGAUAGACCCAAGUCAAACCCUAAGUUUAAGGUUAAUGUGGAGGUUGCUAAUAAGAUGAUUAAGAAUGAGGACUUGCCCGUUACAAAAGUUUUGAAAUUUUCGACUUUGAAAAGUGAGUAUAAGGCUUUCGAGGCGAAAAAGAAGUUGUAUGAGGAGUUUGAUGUGUUUUUGGUUGAUAGGAGGGUGGAGAAGUUUCUUCCGGGGGUUCUUGGGAAGGUGUUUUAUGGGAGUAAGAAGAAGGUUCCGAUGGCGGUUAAUUUGGGGAAAUGUAGUUGGAAGGAGGAGAUUGAGAGGGGGUGUAGGAGUGUGAUGUUGAGUUUGAGUGGUGGGACCUGUAGUUUGGUUAAAGUUGGGAAGAGUUCGAUGGAGAGGAAUGAGAUUUUCGAGAAUGUUGUUAAGGUGAUUGAGGAGGUUGUAGAGGUUGUUCCAAGGAAGUGGGCUGGUGUGAGAUCCUUUCAUUUGAAGUUUACGGAGUCUUUGGCGAUGCCUAUUUAUCCGGCAUUGGUUGAUGGGAAGUUGGGCGUUGAAGGGAAGAAGGAGAAUGUGGAGGGGAAGGUUUUGGAAAAGGUUCGAUCUUUGAAGAGUGUUGGGCUUGUGGAUAAUGAUGAUGAGGGUGGAAGCAGAGACGGUGAGGAAAGAGGGAGUAAAGAAUUGGGUUCAGGUAAGAAUGUGGGAAAGAAGCGGAAGGAUGGAGGUUCAAUAAUUAGUGGUAACAAGAGGGUAAAGAAUGACUUGCUUUGA